UGAGGCCUCUGGCCCCGACAGAGUCACGGGCUGGCUCCCACUCUCUGAGGCUUUUAGAAAUGGUGAUGUCCCAGCCAGGCUUCGGGGAGCCCUGGUACCUCGCCGUGGGCUACGUGGACGACACGCAGUUCAUGCGGUUCGACAGCGACUCUCCGGAUCAGAGGGUGGAGGUGCUGGCGCCCUGGGCGGGGCAGGUGGGGCAGGAGGAUCAGGACGAGGAGACGCGGAACCGAAGACACUCGGCGCAGAGGCUCCAAGCGCUCCUGGAGGACCUGCGAGGCCGCCGCAGCCAGAGCCACAACGGGUCUCACACGAUCCAGAGGACUCUGGGCUGCGACGCGGGGCCCGACGGGCGCCUCCUCCGCGAGUACGAUCAAUCCGCCUACGACGGCGCCGAUUACAUCGCCCUGGGCGGGGACCUGCGCGCCUGGACCGCGGCGGACACGGCGCCUCAGAUCACCCGGCGCGAGGGGGAGGAGGAAGGUCGGGCAGAGCAGGACAGGAGCAGCCUGGAGGGCAGGUGCAUGGAGUGGCUCCCAAGACUCCUGGACAUGGGGAAGGAGGCGCUGCAGCUCAGAGGCCCCCAAUUGCCAAACGUGACCCGUCGUGCCAUCUCUGCCAAGAACGUCACCCUGAGGUGCUGGGCCCUGGACUUCUACCCUGCGGAUAUCACCCUGACCUGGCAGCGAGAUGGGGAGGACCUGACCCAGGAGCUGGUGGACACCAGACCUGGGGGGGACGGGACCUUCCAGAAGUGGGCGGCUGUGGUGGUGCCUUCUGGAGAGGAGCAGAAAUACUCAUGCCAUGUGCAGCAUGAGGGGCUGCUGGAGCCCCAAGUCCUGAGAUGGGUGCCACAUACUCUGACUCUGACCUUCGACUCCUCAGUGGACCUCAUUUAUGGCCUGGCUUUCUUUGGAGGAAUUGUCACUGGAAUUGUGCUGGAUAUAGUUUGGAAGAAAUGCUCAUAGAAUAAGUGCUCAGGUGGACAAAGAGGAAGCUACACUCAGGCUGCAAUAUGAGACAUCCUUGUGUUGGCCUGAGUGUUACAGGAUUUCUUUUUGCCCACAUUUUGUGGCUUUAUGAUCCCCUGGUUUAAACCACACCUGCAAGAAUGGCCCAUAUCCAGAAGACCAGAAACUCAACUGCUGGCAAGGAUAUGGGGGCAGUCCUACAUUGUUUUUGGAUGUAGACUGAGCCAACUUUUAUGGAAACAGUAUUGAGGUUUCUUAAAAGAGUAAAUGUGGUUCUGCCAUUGGACCCAGUAAUUCUACACCGAGGAUCUACUCACAGAGGAUAAAUACUCUACUGGGAAGGGACCUGCACUCCUGUCACCACUGCAGCACUAUUUACAGUAGCCAAGCUAUGGAAACCACCUAAAUGCCCCAAACAGGUGACAAAUCAAGUAGAAGCUGGGAUUACAUAUAUACAUAUAUAUACAUGUACGGAUGAUGUGUGUCCCUGUAUAAUGAAAUAGCAUUCCGUGAUCAGAAAACAUAACUCAUGCCAGUGUAGCAAAAUUAACGGAAGGGGAAUAAGUCAAAAGGAAAACGAGAAAUACUUGUAUAUGGAUGUGGAGAAAGCAGACGAAGGGCCAGAUUAAGCCAAACUUCAAAACUAACCCUUUAGCCCCGCCGUGCUGCCCCUGUUGCUGACCAGGGCUGCAGACCAGCCCUGGCUUCCUGGCUUGGCAGUGCUGGGUGGUGGACAGACCCUCUCUAGUUUGGCGGAAAUGAGCCUCUACUCAGGCUCAUUUGAGGACUAAGCCUGACUCCUGCUGACUGAGUCCCCUGUUGUGUCUUGUUGCACUUGCACCACCACUGGGUCCCCAGCCUCUGCUGUUUGCAGAGAUGGGUCUGAGAUGGGUGUUGUACUUGAUGCUACAGAUUAUGACUUUUUUACACCACUUAUAUAUCCACCACAUGGCCAGAUGUUGACAUCUUCUGACAGACUGUUUAUUCUUCUGAUAGUAACAAAUCUUGGAGCUUUUAUCUGCUUCAGGGGGCCUUGCUGCCCCAGCAAGAUAAGACACUGGCAAGCAGCUAAGAAAAAGGGCCUCACACCGUGCGACCGAAGUUUAAAGAGCCUCACACCAUGGGGCUGAAGAUUCCUUGUGCCUCACACCGUGGGGCUGAAGAUUUAACAUCCCUUUGUUUUUUUGUUCUUGGUCAUAAAAAGAAAAAAAUUCUCAGAAAGUACAUUAGGCAAUAAAUUAUACGUAUCAGCAUACUGUAAGUAAAUGGCACGGAAAAUUAUCUGUUUAGAAAUUAGUUAUUAAACAAUUUGGCCCACUUGACAAUGGGGGACAAUUUAUUAUUCAUGCCUGACAAGUAUUCCAGCACAACAAUUAUAGUAAGUCCUUCUUUUUGCCUUUUUUAGAAGUUUCUUAGGAAAGUUUUUAAAUGAAGUUAAUUGUGUUGAAGAUUUUCUAGGUAGGAAAAGUUCUGAUAGCUGAGAAGCAGCUGGUCUCCAGCUGAAGGCCAUAUGAAUAGAAGAGUCCUUCGAUGUUUUGGCUUUAGCUGAUAGGGGUGUACUGGGGGCUAUCGGCUAUCCUAGGCAAUUGUCUAGCUGAAAUAAUGAGUUUUAGUGUAAGGCUUAGUUUUUAUCUAUUAACCUUGAAGGUUGCCUUCUUGCUAAGAACAGGUAGGAGCCAGAAGUCUAUGGGAAAAGAAUACACUGAUUGUUUCUGCUUUGCUUCUAUGCAUAUGAUGAUGUCAUCUCACUGCUUGCAAAAAAUGAAUAAAUAAAGACCCGCUGAGUUCCUUAGUAGGGGAUACUUGCACCAAAAAGAAGAGUGCAUGUCUGCAUCAUCCCCUUCCCCUUAGCCCUUAAAGUUUCGCCUAGGCAGUCUCAUCCUUUCAGGGACUCCUGACACGACAUUUUGCAGAGGCUGGUCUUCGGCAUUUAUUCUUUAUUUUCUCUUUGCAACACUGAGUUAUUAUUUGUCUAUAAUUCACUAAUGAAACAUCCACAAUUUUUUAAAAGAUUUUUUUUAUUUUUGUGUAGAGGAAAUGGGGUGAAGACCAGAGGUGUGAGAGGAAUCACCAGAGUAGGAGUGGGGAGCAGAACAGGUGGAUCUACUAAAAUACACUGCUAAGGGAAGAAGUUGGCAAGACAGGAGAUGUCUGCUCCACCCUGUGGGUCAGCUUCAUGACCAGCAAUCCAACUGAGACUUAACCCCUAGGCCACCAGAGAGUCCCAACACCCCCAUUUUUUUUAAAGGUUUAUUUACUUAUUUAUACAAGCACUGGAUACAGUUAGAAGCGUGGGAGGGUGAGAGAAUUCACCAGAGCAAGAGUGGGGAACAGAAGAGGCAGACCGAUGAAAUACACUGCUGAGGGGAGCAGCGGGUGGCAGGAGAGGUCUGCACGUCAUGUGGGACCCUCGCCGGUGGCCGGGGACCGAACCAGUGCUGCAGAGGCUGCGGGAAGCAUUGCAGCCCAGCGCUCAACCGCUGCACCACCAGGGGAGGCCCAACCAACACCCGCAAUUUUUAAAGAAUCAAAUCUUGAAAGAAAUUAUUUACUGUUAUGUCUUUACCAUGGAUUAAGUAUUCCCACCAUUUCACUGUGCCUGCUGGAGCUGAGAGGAUACAGCAAAUUAUAUGAUAGCAUAUGAGAGUUUCCAAAUGGCUGGAUCAACUCAUUAUUAGUGUAUGGUCCUUCCUCUUUUGCACCAACAUGCUGAUCUGCUGGAUUCACAGAGGUUUUCACCAUAGACUUGUGUAUGAGCAAACCAUAAACUUCACCCUUUUGGAAGAUUCCUAAGCCACAUGCAAGUCAUGCUUUUCACCCUGUAGAUGGCUUUCUUCAGAGUCUACCUUAUCAUCUCUACCCUUUUAUCUUUCCAUUACACAACAUGUUUAUUUAGAUUUGUACAUCUUGGUCAAUAUUUGGACAGUUUCCAUUCAUGAUGGUGAUUUUCAUAUAUUCAGAUCUUAAGGCCAUUUAUUAAUGGCUCAGCUCACCAUACACAUCUCAAACUCUUCUUUAGCUACAACUGUGGACAAUAUUUUACAUUGCAGGAUAGAAUUGGAGGCUCAUUCAAAAAUUCUUCCUCCUUUGAAGGGAAAGGACCACAGUUAUGUGAAGAAGGUGACAGGAGAAAGCAUAGCAGCCAGCAGGAAAUGGUAAAAAAUGAAAAGUUAUUCCAUGGAGAGGUUACAAAGGCUGAGCAGAUUAUUGCCAAAUUACUAAUUAUUUUUAAUGAGGGAAAAUAAUCUACAUCCAGCCAGGAGACAAAGCAAUGGUAACAUUUAAACUCCGCAUUGAGGGCCCGCUGAGGGAUGGUCAUGAUGAGAGACCAAGAGAAACCAACCUCCUGUGUUAACUCCAGGGGUUUUUAAGAGAAGACUGUGUCUUUCCAGCCAGUGAAGCUGUAACUUAUAUUGUCUCAUCAAUAAUUUUUAAAAAGUUCAGAGACAGUAAAUGAUUGAGGGGACCAGGUUAUAUCCUUUUGCUUUAACCCACCACAUUCAUCAAGAAAAACUCACUGUGUCAAGGCUCAGCGCCAUAACAAGGAAACAUAAAUACAGGUUUCAGGUGGUGCCUGGUGUCAGGAGUGAGCUCUGUCUUCCGUGCAGGUCUGGCAGUGACCACUUGUAAUGCUUUGUUCACGGGGAAGCCUCAGCAUGACAGCAGGCCUGAUAGAAUCUAGCAGUGACUAUGCAAAUGACCCAUUUCCUAGCAGGUGUGAUAACUGUCAUCUCCCUACACACAGGAAGCUUCUGUGGGGGACCGUGUCAAAUCUUACAUUUUACUGAUAAAUAAAUAAGUUGGGAUUGCUAAAAAAA